CUCACAUGAGGCCGCCCAUGUGAGAUUGGGUUAGUAGAGAAGGCUGGCGAAGGAUCCAAAACAAUACACCUUUCCUAAAUGAUGCAAAGAAUGCUUGCGUCUCCUUCACGUCUACGCCUCCACCUCCACCUCCACGCUUCCCCUCAUUCUUCCACGUCUGAACGCUACCCCACCAGUCAAAGCCUAUUCCUUUUAUCAUUUUCCCUCUUCCAUUCUUCAACACCCCCCACUGUUGUCAAUUCUCAUCUAACACUUACAAGACCGUUUCUAUACUGUUAAAGUAAAAUGCGUCGGUGUACUCUUUUUCUUUAAUUCUUUCUACCAUUUUUUUUUCUUUUUCUUUUUCUUUUUUUUCUGGUAAAGAAAUUAAUGGUGUUGCGUCAAAGAUAAGAGUCACUGCUUGGACCUCAUUGCAACACUCUACUAUUCUCUGCUCUCUCUCUCCAGCCUCGCUUUCUCUUUAUCUUAAUCGGCAUUUGGUUUUCUGGGUUGGUGGGAUUUCAGAUGGAGAGGCCCCGUAGAGUUAGAAUGCUACUUUUCGUGGCGGUUUUCAUGGUGGUGCAGAGGCAAUCCUGGCCGGCCACGGCGGAUGUCGCGGCGAAGUCCAAGUACCAGAUCGAGUGCACAAUGUGCUCUGCUUGUGACAACCCAUGCAACCAAGUGCCGUCGCCCCCACCGCCGAAUCCCUCUCCCCCGCCUCCGUCGCCUCCACCGCCGUCGUCGAGCUCCAACUGCCCGCCACCGCCUUCCCCGCCCAGCAAUCCUACUUACUACUACUCCCCGCCGCCCCCCUCGCAGCCCACCUACGUGUACUCCUCUCCUCCGCCGCCCAAUGGCUACAACGGAGGCGGCGGUGGCGGUGGAGCUUUCUAUCCGCCGCCGUAUCAGAACUACCCUGCACCGCCGCCCCCGAACCCCAUCGUGCCGUACUUCCCGUUCUGGUACCACACCCCUCCGCCGACGUCGGCGGCCAACUCCGUCUACUUUUCGGACUCUACAGUUUACACUAUCGCUCUGAUUUCUCUCUUAUUCUGUUUCCUUUAAACCACCCCCCACCCCCCCCCAAAAAAAAAGACAAAACAAAAAAAAUAAAAAUAAAAGAGAUUGAAAAUAAUUGUGGGAAAUUGGCAGAUCUACAAGUUGCAGGGGUUGUGAUCCUGAAGGAGAAAAGGUGACAGACUGCAAGAGCCACGAGAACGAGAAAAAAGCUUCGCCAUUUCCGGAAAUGCCCUUCAUUGACAGAAAGAAGACGAAGAAGACAAAAGAAGAGAAAAAAAAAUCUCUGCAAAUCAAAGCAAGAACGAUGAAUGAAGUAAAAUCUCUCCCCUGGUCUCUCUGUAGAGUGUUAUCUAUCUGUAAUUUUCUUCACAAUUGUGACCCUUUUUCUUAAUUGUUCAUUAUCAUAAAAAAUAAAGAGGUUAGAUAUUUUCCAUCCA